AUGCAUCCUGAUGCAGUAGUAUCCCCAUCGGAAUCUGCUCUAUCGAUCGAGACAUUUGGAGAGGAGAUUACCAAAUAUUUAAACAAUGCUACUAAAAUAUUGGUAGAGGCUCAAACAUUAGGAAGUUCUACAGAUACAAAAAUUACUGAAAUUAAGAAAGAUGCUUCAGUUUUACAACAGAAUAUAUCCAAAGUUAAAUUUUUAUAUAAUUGCAUUGAGAAGCAAUUGCAUUUAUUGUUAGAGGUUAUAUUGAAAAAAUAUAUAGGGGAGAAAAUAAUUGAUAAAGAAUGGUCAAAAAAUAUUAUGGUCGAUUUAGUCAAUCUUAUGAAAUAUUGGCAAGAUGAGAUAGAUCAGCAAAUUGAAAAAUUAGGUAGAAUUAAAAAUGUACUGAUAGUAAAUCCAACUAAUUCUUCAGAAAAUGACAGGUUCCUAUGUGAUUAUAUUUCGGUAAAUGAUGUGAAUUUAUUACAAGCCAAACUAUCUGAAAUUCCUGUUAUUCAAAAACAUAUUUCAAAUAUAAGAAAACAAUAUGAUGGAAUGGUACGAAAAAUAAAUGAUAAGAUAGCUAAUAAAAGUUUAAAGGAAUUGGAUAAGAUUUUACAGAAUAAAUUUGAUCAAACGAAUGAUAAUGAUAUAUUAUUACUCAAUGAGACGUACCCAGAGCAAUUAAUACAAUUAGAAAUGGAUCUAAUCAAUUUUUUGGAUUCUUUAACGGCACAUUUUGAUAAAUGUCAAUUAUUAAAUGCGUACAUUGAAAAUAAAGGAUCAGAUAACUCGUUAGAUUAUAUAGGAUUUAAUAAUCUUCUAGAAAUUGUAAGAAAUGAUGACAAAGAAUUAAAUUCUAUAUUUUCAUCGUUAUGUGAUAUUAUUGAUGAUGUUGAUAAGUUUUUACCUCAAUAUAAACAAGUAAUCGAAAGAAAAAGGGUUGAACAGCAAGAAUUGCAUAACAAAAUGAAUAAAGUCAUUGCUAGUUUAUCUAAAAAUUAUGAAUACCUUUCGAUAUUUAGGGAUAUUAUGAACCUUAUCAAUCUAUAUAAAGAAAGUUGUUUCAAAGAGAUAAAAACUGUUAGUGAAUUGAGAAAUUUUUAUUCCAAUUUUGAAAACAGUUAUGAAUCUUUAUUGCAUGAGGUAGAAAGGAGGAAAACAUAUUCUAAGGAAAUGGAACAAAUAAUAAACGAUUGUCAAAAUAGAUUAGAAAAACUAAACACUCAAGAUCAAAUUGAAAGGCAUGACUUUUUAGAGAAGCAUGGCAAUUACCUUCCAGAAGAUAUCUGGCCUAAUGAGAUUGAAGAUCUUACACCUCUAUACACAAUUGACUAUAGUAUCAAACAUUUAUAG